GCAAGGCGACAGCUGACUCUCACGCACGGGUCCUGCCACCUCUAGAGCGCUGCAUUGUAGCGCCUCCCAAGGGAGGUGACAACUCCAGCACCUCUCCGCCGCCAGUCUCAGGUGCCCAGCGACAUGUUUUCCAGCCUGCGGAGGUGGGGCGCCUGCAGGUUCUACGAGCCGGUCCCAGGGGGGCUGGAUACGCAGAAAUGCAGUCCAGAGAAAAGUGCUUCAUUUUUCAGUAAAGUGACAUACUCCUGGUUUAGCAGAAUAAUUAUUUUAGGCUAUAAGAAACCUUUGGAAAGAGAGGAUCUUUUUGAACUAAAUGAAAGUGAUUCUCCCUACAUUGUGUGUCCCAUCUUUGAAAAGCAAUGGAGGAAGGAAGUUUUAAGGAAUCAAGACAGGCAAAAGGUAAGGGCAUCUUUUCAUAGAGAGGACCAUACCAGGAAGCCAUCUCUACUCUCUGCAUUGUGGAAUACAUUUAAGUCCUCCCUGAUUCAUGUUGCUUUAUUCAAAAUGUUUGCUGAUAUUUUGUCCUUCACUAGCCCAAUCAUAAUGAAGCAAAUGAUCAUUUUCUGUGAACACAGCCCAGAUUCCAGCUGGACUGGCUAUGGUUAUGCAGUUGCACUUUUUGCUGUAGCCUUUUCCCAAACCUUGAUUCUUCAGCAGUAUCAACGUUUUAGCUUGCUCACCUCAGCAAAAAUAAAAACAGCUGUAACUGGACUGAUCUACAAAAAGGCCCUACAUUUAUCAAAUGUUUCUCACAAAAAGUUUUCCACUGGGGAAAUUAUCAACUUGAUGUCAUCAGAUGCCCAGCAACUCAUGGACUUGACAGCCAACCUCAGUGUCCUCUGGUCAGCCCCUUUCCAAAUCCUGAUGGCCGUCUUUCUUCUUUGGCAAGAACUGGGUCCUGCAGUGUUAGCAGGAGUGGCAGUCCUUUUUCUUGUAUUACCAAUAAAUGCUUUUGUUGCCAUUAGAAUAAAAAAGCUGAAGAAAAACCAAACAAAGAACAAAGAUACACAGAUAAAACUACUCAAGGAAAUCUUACAUGGAAUUAAGAUUCUCAAACUUUAUGCAUGGGAACCUGCCUAUAAAAAUAAGAUUAUUAAAAUUCGAGAUCAGGAAUUGGAGUUUCAAAAAUCAUCUACAUAUCUUUCUGUAUGUUCUAUGCUGAUGUUAACUUGCAUUCCAUUUUUGGUGUCUCUGGCCACUUUUGGUGUAUAUUUCUCACUGGAUGAAGGAAACAUUUUAACAGCCACUAAAGCAUUCACAUCUAUGUCUUUGUUUAAUAUUCUGAGGAUUCCUCUUUUUGAUUUACCAACAGUGAUCUCAGCUGUGGUUCAGACAAGGAUAUCAUUGUGUCGUUUGGAAGAAUUUCUCAACUCUGAGGAGCUUUCUCUUCGAAAUAUUGAAACAAACUACAUAGGAGAUCAUGCCAUUGGGUUUACUAAUGCCUCUUUCUCCUGGGAUAAAACAGGGAUUCCAGUACUAAAAGACUUGAACAUGAAGAUUCCUGAAGGAGCUUUGGUGGCAAUUGUAGGGCAGGUUGGGUCUGGGAAGUCCUCUGUGCUGUCUGCCAUCCUGGGGGAAAUGCAGAAGCUUACAGGAGUCGUCCAGAGAAAGGGCUCUGUGGCGUAUGUUUCCCAGCAGGCCUGGAUUCAGAAUUGCAUUUUGCAAGAAAACAUUCUCUUUGGCUCCAUCAUGCAGAAGCAGUUUUAUGAGCGAAUAUUGGAAGCCUGUGCUCUCCUUCCUGACUUGGAGCAGUUACCAAACGGAGAUCAAACUGAGAUUGGAGAAAGAGGUGUGAAUAUAAGUGGAGGUCAGAAGCAACGAGUAAGUCUGGCCAGAGCUGUCUACAGUGGGGCUGACAUCUACCUCCUGGAUGAUCCCUUGUCUGCUGUGGAUGUUCACGUCGGAAAACAGCUCUUUGAAAAAGUAAUAGGGUCCUCGGGCCUUUUGAAAAACAAGACUCGUAUUUUAGUUACACACAACCUCACGCUUCUGCCACACGUGGAUUUUAUUGUCGUGAUGGAAAGUGGCAGGGUAGCACAAAUGGGAACAUACCAGGAGCUGCUAUCGAAAACCCAAAACAUCCAUAAUUUGCUUCAGAUUUUCAGUGGACAAGAAGAAGGUCCUGCUUUAAAGCAAGUGAGUGCAAUCAACUCCAGAAAUGUACUGAAGGACCAAAUCCUGGAACAAGAAAAUAGGCCUUCAAUGGACCAUGGAAAACAGUUCUCAAUGAAAAAAGAAAAGAUCCCUGUUGGUGGGGUGAAGUUCUCAAUCAUUCUGAAGUAUCUCCAAGCCUUUGGCUGGCCCUGGGUGUGGCUGAUAUUAGCCAGUUGCCUAGGACAGAAUUUGGUGAGCAUUGGACAGAAUCUAUGGCUUAGUUUCUGGGCAAAAGAAGCAAAACACUUGAAUGAUUUCACAGAAUGGAAGCAAAUAAGAAGCAAUAAACUUAAUAUCUAUGGAUUAUUGGGAUUAAUUCAAGGUCUCUUUGUCUGCUUUGGAGCCUGUGUACUCACCAGAGGAUCCUUGACUGCUUCUAGAACCUUAUAUGCUCAGCUCUUGAGUAAUGUGUUACACCUCCCACUCCAGUAUUUUGAAACCAAUCCCAUUGGUCAAAUCAUCAAUCGGUUCACCAAGGAUAUGUUUAUAAUUGAUAUACGUUUCCAUUACUAUUUACGGACCUGGUUGAAUUAUACACUAGAUGUUAUCGGAACAAUUUUGGUCAUCCUGGGAGCUUUCCCACUCUUCAUUCUUGGGAUUAUUCCCUUGGUUUUCUUAUAUUUCACAAUACAAAGAUACUACAUAGCCAGCUCUCGACAGAUUCGACGGUUGUCAGGAGCGUCCCGUUCCCCUGUCAUUUCUCACUUCAGUGAGACUUUAUUGGGAGUGUCCACUAUUAGAGCAUUCGGACAUGAACAGAGGUUUAUCCAGCAAAACAGAGAGGUAGUGAAUGAGAACUUGGUCUGUUUCUACAAUAAUGUAAUUUCAAACAGGUGGCUGUCCAUUAGGCUUGAAUUUCUUGGCAACUUAAUGCUGUUCUUUACUGCUCUGCUUGCUGUGCUGGCUGGCAAUUCCAUAGAUUCAGCAAUAGUUGGUUUGUCUAUAUCCUAUGCCCUAAAUAUUACUCAAUCUCUGAAUUUUUGGGUAAGGAAGGCAUGUGAAAUUGAAACCAAUGCAGUGUCCAUUGAAAGAGUGUGUGAAUAUGAAGAUAUUGAUAAAGAGGCACCUUGGAUUAUGUCUAGAAGGCCUCCAGUACAAUGGCCCAAUAAAGGGGUAGUGGAGUUUAUUAAUUAUCAAGCUCGAUAUCGAGAUGAUCUUGGUUUGGCAUUACAAGACAUCACUUUCCAGACUAAUGGGGAAGAGAAGAUCGGAAUUGUGGGAAGGACUGGGGCAGGUAAAUCAACACUAUCAAAUAGCUUAUUUAGAAUUGUGGAGAGAUCAGGAGGCAAAAUUAUUAUUGAUGGAAUAGACAUAUCAACAAUUGGGCUUCACGACCUUCGUGGUAGACUCAAUAUAAUUCCACAGGAUCCUGUUUUAUUUUCUGGAACUCUUCAAAUGAACCUGGACCCCUUAGACAAUUAUUCUGAUAGUGAGCUGUGGGAGGUGCUGGAAUUGUGUCACUUAAAAGAAUUUGUGCAGUCCCUUCCCAAGAAGCUGCUGCAUGAGAUCUCAGAAGGUGGUGAAAACCUCAGUGUUGGACAGCGGCAGCUCGUCUGUCUGGCUCGUGCUUUGCUUCGGAAAACAAAAAUUCUCAUCUUGGAUGAGGCAACAGCCUCUAUUGAUUUUGAGACUGAUAACUUGGUGCAGAACACAAUCAGGAAGGAGUUUUCUGAUUGCACCAUCCUGACCAUUGCUCAUAGACUACAUUCUAUCUUUGAUUCAGACAGAGUGCUUGUUCUAGACUCUGGAAGGAUUAUAGAAUUUGGGGCACCACAGAAUCUGAUACACCAGAAAGGACUCUUCUUUCGAAUGACAACAGAAGCUGGAAUGACACAGGACUUGGGGACAAAAGAUCAAUUACUUUAGCUGCGUAUUGAUGAUACUGAAUAGAACAAUUGUUCAGCAUUAGUAUUGAAAAAAUAAGGAUGGGGAGGAAUGCUCAAAGGCAAGAUCCUGACUGUGAGUUGGCACAUACACUAACAAAUACCCCAAUUUCUCACCAUCAGGCACUGCAUUCAGGCUUCUCACUUUGUUCAUGCCUGCUUUCUCUGCAUUCCCCCAUGAGCUAAGUAUCUCAGGAGUAACUUCCUUAGUGCAGGACCACUCAUCUUCAUUUGCCUUCCAGUCUGAUCUGAGGGCCCCUCAUCUGUGCCCUUACUUACCUCUUGUGCAUAUCUUUAUCAUGGUAGUGAUGGGCUCUACUCUACUUCUUGUCUGUCCCCUUUUAAAAAAAGCUACUUGAGGCAGGUGCUCAGUUUUAGUCUUCUUUAUAUGAUAGGUCCUAGCAUAGACCCUUUCAUAUUACUCAAGCCCAGCAAAUGUUUUUAUAGAAUAAUGAACUUGGUGUUAGAGUAUGUAUAUGUGUGUGUUGAAUUAUUGCAUAGUUUAUGAAAUGAUGGAGGAAUCAAAGAAAAGUUGAGCUGCUUUUAGGUUUAAAGAAAGGGCAAUAUUUUUGAUAAUUAUAUCUUAACUGAAUUUUAUGGUCUGAUUUAUUUGAAAACGUUUGUAGAAUUUUUACUAUUUGCCUUAAAAAUAUCUAUUUUCUAUGGAAUAUCUGGAUCAACCUCAGAAAGAUAUUUAUCAGCUGGUAUACAUUUGUGGUAAUAUUGUUGACUUAUAGUACAAAUCAUAUUUUGAAGGAAUUUUUAAUUCAGAUUUUUGGAAUAAAAUCAGCAUUGUGUCUGAAUUGCCCUUCAGAUUUGAAGUGAUCAAACUUCAGUGGCAUUUUCAACAUGAUUUUAAACAAUUAUUUAACAUGUUUGCUAAGGCCAUCAACCAUUUCUUUGUCUUCCCCUUUUUCCUUUCUAUGCAACCCCAUAUGUGUAUGUGUGUGUGUGUGUGUGUGU